AUGAGCCCGCACUGGAGGCCCUUCGUCGUGCUGCUAUGUACCGUCUUCCAAAUUACCGGGCUAAGGAGGGGAUCCAUUCUAGCAUUGUUGAAGCAACGUGAACCAUCUGGCACAUGCUUGAUCGGACUUAGACGCGAAGAUGUUGUUCAAUCCUUCCCACCAGCUGUCUUGAUCAGCCAGGCCAUCCACGAAGCAAGAAUCCCCGAGAUUUCAACAGGAAAGACAAAACCAUUAAAGCUCGCACCUACUGUCUCGAGCUUCGAUUCAGAUCUCAAGGGGAAGCAGCCAUUUGGCGUCACGUCAGCAUCCGAAGGUGUUGGAAGGAGCUUGACUGAUUCACCUUCUCAUGUACCGCAAGCCACAUAUCUCGAGAACUCGACUGUGUGAUUCACUUUUUCUCUUCGAAAUCACAUAAAAAGUUCGAUUCCUCCGGCAUCAAUACAUUUUGACCGCACACUUCCAACCGAGAAAACUACAAGACAAACUGUCAACACUGCCAACUUCGACAAGAACCCCAAAGUAACAAAAUCGAAAACAAUCACAAUCCUCAUCUAGCACCAUCACCAUUACCAGAACGUUCACUGACAACAUUCGCAAAGAUGUGCACCCGACCCUACGUUCGGUACCACUGCAUCAAGUGCGGCACAAACCAUAAGGAGAG